AUGAGUAACUUAACUCCGAUACCGAUCGUGAAAGCGGACAAGGUUUGGCAUUCGAGGAGCUGCUCGUCCAAUCUGGGCAGUGCUGAUGACCACCGCCUCGAUUAUGGAAGCCCUGGCCAUCUUGCUUCUUGUCUCUUCGUGGGUUUCGUUUACUGAACAAAAGCCUUCGUAUUUCAUUACAGCUCCAAAAUUAAUCCGUAUUGACGUGAAGGAGUCCAUCACCGUUCAAGUAUUCGAGGCACAGAGCAAUGUUGAUGCUUCUGUGUACUUGAUCAAUCAGAAGACCAUGGACUUGUGUUCAGACAAGUAUGUGCUGCAUCUGAACCAGACAAACUACUUCACUCAAGACCUCCUUAUCCAGAUCCGACCGGAACAGGUGGAGAAGUGCAAGGUCAACAGAAGGACGUCGUACAUCACGCUGGCAGCAGAGAUGCCGGAACUCUUUCCCAAGCGGAGGAUGGUUCACCUGCACCUUCGGCCCAAACCUUACUUUGUCUUCAUCGAGACCAACAAGCCGAUAUACAGACCCAAAGAGACAGUCUACUUUCGAAGUUUUACCUUGGACCACAAAUUGAAGCUCACAGACUGCAAGGCCACAUUGGAGAUCUUGCAAGCAAAUCAUGUGGUUAUGGAAGUUGAGAGUCGGAGUGAGGGCUCAGAGAAGAUCUGCAGAGGCGAAAUACACAUCAGUCCCUCAAUGGUUGGAGACAUUGAGAUUCAGGCUGCUUCCACGGGUUAUUCGGAGUACAAUGGUCACAGGAAGUUCCGGAUUAUGGCUCCAGGCGAGACCGAAGGUCAAAGAAACGACACAGCAGUUAAAAGCUACGUCGUCAACCUGACCAAGACAAGACGCUUCUUUAUACCUGGAGCUCCCUUCCAAAUUCAGGCAACAGUGACAUACCCAGAUCAUUCGCUUGUUAUGGAGGUGCCUAUUGAGAUUUCUAUACUCAUCACAGAGAAGAAAACAAUACAGGUUUCUCAGAAAGGACUCACAGACAACAUUGGUGAGAUGAGUCUUUCCUUCACUGUCCCUCCAGAUGCCAGUGAGAUGUACAUCACAGCGACUGCAGGAAGUAAAGACAGUGGCACAGAAGGAAAGAGUGAGAUCGCAGUAAAAGCCCAUCAGGGUAACCAGACCUACCUGUGUAUCGACGUACCCAGUGCUCUCCUGUACCCUGGGGACAGCAUCGAUGUGACACUCACAGCUCUGGGUCUGACCGACAGCAGCAAUGUCGAUCACUAUUACUACAUGAUCCUGAACAAAGGAAAGCUGCUGCACCAUGAGAGAAUUGGGAGGUCCACCAACACCUCAUUCCUGGUUAACAUCACACAAGACAUGGUACCUUACUUCCGCAUCGUAGCCUAUUACCUUGUGGAGAUCAACGGCAAAAAAAGGCUGGUCUCGGACUCGGUGCGUUUGGAAGUGGAGGACCUGUGUGACGUGAAGUUUCAGAUCCUUCCCAGCCUGCUGAUGGACAAUGACCAGCGAGACCUGCUGCUCUCGGUUUUCACCGAGAGUACGGCAGAUGUCUACGUGCAAGCAGUGAAUGAGCAGCUCGCCAGCGCUCACGUGGACCUGGGGAUGUUUCAGCAGGUCUUCUACAGAAGGGACUUGUAUGACUUUGGCACCUCCUAUGGAGGGGGCCGAAACACAGCCAAGGUCUUUGAGGACGCCGGGCUGCGAUUCAUCUCUGAUCUAAUGCAGUCGUCGGAACUGAGAGACAACACAGUUGUUCCGUGGCAGAGAAGUCCAUUGCAGCCACACAGAGAUGGUCUUAGGAUUGCAAGCACAUAUCCGAUCAUACAGCCCUUGUACAGGCUGGCGUGGAUGUGGGAGAUACAGGAAACUACAGGGAGCAAAACAUUUCGAUUAACAUCGGAUGUGGCUCCACCAAAGCUGUGGGAAAUUUCUGCAUUUAGUGUUUUGGAAAACAGCGAGCUAUGCAUUGCAAAACCGCUGAUCAUUAAGAUAAAUGAUGAAGCUGACCACACCUGGGUAAACCCUGACUCUGAAUUCCAUCGAACCGAGUUAAUUCUAUGAAAUGUGUGAAACUGAGUUUGCCAUACGUAGCUGUGUCAUCAUACAACAACCACCUGAUUAGUCACGUUACAGUCCUCUCCGCGAUCUUUCCACAUAACAGUGACUUUAACACCAAGUGGCUUUGCUUCUUCAUAUGUUGGUGAGUCCAUUGAGUAAAAAAAUAAAUAUACUUGAAACACU